UAUCCACCUUCAUAUUUUUCUUGGUACAUAAAAAUAAUAAAAUGAAAUUAAAUUCAUUUUUAUGAAAUAAAAUACAAAAUAAAAUUUAAACAAAUAAAAAAAAAAAUGCCCCAAGGAUGACGCUUAGAGAAGAAUUUCGUUCUUGCUGGCUAAUUGCCACAAUUGGUUGUUUUCUUUUUAUAGCUGGAAUAUCAAUUCUUUUUUGGAAUGAGGGUAGAGCUGCCCACAUGAUAGUCUCCCUCGAUGAAGCACUCGACUCGGCAAUAACAAUCAAUGCUGGCGAUGAAGUCGAGAACAAUUACGAGGGCCGAAUUGUUCACAUUGCUGGUCCAAUUGUUAUCGGCGAACCACUCACUGAACCUGACUAUGAUAUACAAAUACUGGCUGUGAAAUUAAGAAGACGCGUUCAGAUGUAUCAAUGGGUUGAGGAGACUAUGGAACAAAACUAUGGCGAUUCCUUGGCCACAGUACAAACUGAUAGUAAAACUUAUUACUACACAAUGCAAUGGCGGGAUAAGCUCAUUGAUUCAAGACAGUUUUAUAUUCAAACUGGUCAUCAUAAUCCAAAGAAGUUUCCAGUUGAAAGUCAAACUCAAGUCGCGGAGAGUGUCUUUCUUGGACGCUAUGAACUGGGAAAUGAGAUUAAGACCAAGUUCGACAAGUUUGUUGAGCUAACUUCUGAUACACGGCCAGAAGAUCCAUCAAUUAAAUUGCAUUUGGGACUCUAUUAUCAUACCGAUGAUGUUUUCAAUCCACAAGUUGGCGAUUUUCGUUUGUUGUUCUCAUUUGCUGGAAUGGAAGGAGAAUUGUACACAAUUGUUGGUCAAUUACACAAUGGUAAGGUGGUUCCUUAUGUUACAUCCAGAAAUGCAAAAAUUCUGUUGGUCUAUCCGGGUGAGAUAAGUCUAACACAGGUCUUUAAAAUGGAACACCAUGCUCAACGGUUAACUACGUGGGGAUUUAGAUUCAUGGGAUGGGUGUGUUUGUUCUUUGGAGCCACUUGUACCGCCUCCUUAUUGCAUAUCAUUUUAUCACAGGUAUAUUAUCUCUCAUCACUAGCACCUGAUCCCCGAUAUCCAGCGGGGACAAAUCUAAUGCUUUCACUAUCAUUGGCUCUAGUUAUUACUUCGGUUGCUUGGGCAUUGCACAGACCUUGGGUGGGUGCGGGAUUGUUACUUGCAGCGGCAUCGCCGUUCUUAUAUUGUGCCCGAACAGUGACGCAGUAUCAAGAUUUGAGCUAGGAGAACGAACAACGAAUGAUGAUGCUAUCCAGAUACCUGCUCAUUAUUUAUUUUUAGUAUUGUUGUUUUAUAUAGACGUGAUGUUCCUUAAUAUAUAAUACUUGUUUUGUAGAUCGAUCGAAAUAUGUGAGAUUAUAUAUAAAUAGUAGUGUGAAAAAUUUAA